UUGGAACAGUAAGUUAUACCCAUUCAGCACGACGGGACUUUUAUAUGGGGGAAUCCCAUCAACACAAAAUGAAUUAUAAAUCAUAGUUAAUUAUUUGCAACGUUGAUUGUGUAACCAUGAACGGGACUUCUAUCGACACUGUAUUGCAAAUUUUAAAAUGGAUCGUAAACACUCUUUUCCAUCAAUGCGUGGCUGUUGUGGCAGUGUACACUAUAUGGAUCCCAAUUGAAAACUACUCUGCGCCAUUUUCAUGGCAUGUAAUUUUGUGCACGCUUGGUCUCUUUCCAAUAGUAGCGGAAUGCCUGAUCCUUUUCUCAAAACAGAACGUGUGGAGUCAAGAGAUUGAUCGGAAACAAAAAUACUGGAUACAUGCGAUAUUAAUAUCGAUUGGAGCGUUCUUGAUCAUUUUUGGAACCGCUUUGGAAACCUACCGAAAGGCAGUGCAUACGGAUCCGAAUGUGAAAAAUUUUGAGUCGGCCCAUGCCAUUACUGGUUUAAUCGGGAUUAUUUUCAUUGUAUUUGCGAUGGUAUGUGGCCUCUUAGCGUUUAACACUCAAAGGAUUUACAGAUGGAAAGAGAAGUUCCGACCUAUAUACUUCAAAUUCGCACAUAAUGUUAUUGGGCAGACGGCGUAUUUAUUUUGUUUAAUUUCCUUCUGCUUGGGAUAUUUCACACCGUGGUUUGUUUAUUACACAUCGGAGGCAUCGCGAAUAUCUGCAACAGUAGUGUCGGUGAUUGUCGCCUUUUGGUCGACGAUUUGUGCGUGGAGAUCACUUGUUAAUCAAAUUAGAUCUUUACGGAAUGUUGAUAAUUGAUAAGGCUUUUUCUAUGAAAAAGAUAAGAAACCCGAAACCCGAAGUCUGAAGGUAAUCUGGAGGCAAAGAAGGAGUAUCGAAGCACUUAUUAUGGCAAGCUAAUUCACUAAAGGAUCAGUAACUUUCCGUGAAACUUUCAUAGCAAAAAAACUGCUCCUUAACUAUUUCUUCAAUUAAUCCAUAAGCAACACUUUAACCUUUAACCCUCACGAUUUUAAAAUUUAACUCUAUGCAAUUCUAUUCGGGAGGGUGUAACUUUAGUGAGUAGUACUAUAGAGGAAAUUCCUAUAUAUUCCAGCAAUACUAAGAUUUUAUCAGUUCAGCCCUUAGACAAGAAAGAGAGGGGACCCGUAAUACCGCAUCCACGGCAUGCGUGAAUUUGACGCGAAUUUCGAGACGACCGCCAUAUUUUCGGUGGCAGACAAAGCUCGGUGGCAGUGUGAAUUUAUUGACAUUUCUUCAUUAUUGAUAAAGUUUGUGUGUGCAAAACUGUGUGAUAUAAACGUGGUGAAUUGUUCUGCGUACAACUGUAAAAGUUGCAGUGGUCGUUGUCCAGCAGGAAUAUCAUUUCACAGGCAAGAUAAAAAACGGCACGUUGUCUGGUUUGGCUAAAUUUAAUUAAAUCUUCAUGGUAGUUAAUAAAACACUUCUAAGGUC